GGAGGUUUGUUUGCAGCGCAGCUCACACCCAGCUGCCUGCCCCUGAGGAAUGCUUGGCGUGGUUCAGGAUCUGGCCCCGUGGCGCUGGCAAAUACGUGGAGCGCGGCUGCGUCGGCUCACAGCGGCCUAUGGAGGAGCGAAAUGCUGGAUGGAGGAGGGCACAAAUACCCCAAUUUAUGCAAGAAUGGGCUGGGGUGAAGGCUUUCCCCUUCCCCAGGUGCAGGGGGAGUUAUUAGGAUUUUAUAGGAGCAGGAUCUGGGAAGGAGAAGCUCAGACUGAGCGAGGAAGGGAGUGUUGGUGCGGUGCUGCAGCGAGGCGGGUGGCCGGGGCUGGGAUUUCCUGCCUGCAGGAAGAGAUUGGCUUUGGAGCCACUAAUUUUGCACCGAGCGGUGUGAAGGAAGCUGAAUCGGGAGACUGAAAUGGGAGGAAAAGGCCACAAUCGUACCAGAAGGCAAUGAAAGCAGUAGAGGGGACUGAAAUCAGAGCCGGCCGCGCUGGCAGGACGGGUUGGAUCAGCGUGGGAUGGCAUUGCUGCCACAGCUUGAGAGAGCAGAGGGUUAAACAAACAAAGCGUGGCCUGAAAUGCUGAGGCUGCCUGUGUUUGUUUGAUUCUGCUGCCUCCGUGUCCAGAUCCUUCGUGGGAGGGGAGGGUUCUUCCUUCAGCUCUGACUGACAAACAAACAGAACUGGUUUUUCCUCCGCUGAGAUGGCAGGGCUGGAUGUGGGAGAUGCACUCUGCUGGUUCGUCCCUGCAAAGCAGCUGGUGCUCACCAGACCCUCCUGUCCCUCCUCGCCUUUCCUGGAUCUUCUGAGCGCUUUUUCCUCUCAAUGUGCUGAAACCCAAAUUGUUUCUACAGUGAAAAUGCCGACCUCUGCGCUGGUGUGGUUUUGGGGAAGCCCAGAGCAUCCAAGUGCAGCGUCGGGAUGCGCUGCCAGCCGAUCCCAGCAGCAGAUCCUGGCAGCAAGAAGCUGCAGCCCAGCAGUAGGAGCUGCCCUCAGCUUCCACCAGCAGCGCCUGGCUGGGAGCCCUUUGCCCGUCCCUGUGCUCGGUGCUGGAGGUGCGAGGACAGCGCAGCCACGUGGGGCUUUGCUCCUUGCACUGCACUGCAGAGCUUUGAGCUGCACGAGGAUGUGGCUGUGCUCCGGGUGCUGGGGAUCACGGCCUGGAUUGAAGGAAAACAAGCAAAUCGGGGCUGGCUUUACGGUGCUGGGACACUUGUCCUGGUGUUUGGCUCUGGCUGGUGCUGUGAGCUGCAUCCAGGGAAAACGCAGAGUUUAAGGCCGUUGGCAGUUUGAGGGCUGCAUUAGCAGCAGUCUGAGUGUCCAUCCUUUCCCCUUGGCUCUCUGUGGUGUUUUCACAGUGGUCUGGUGGGUCCAAUCUUGUCCUGUUCCUCUUUGCAGAGUCGGUGUAAGCAGGAGAGGCCAGCAGCCAGGCAGAGCAUGCCACCGAGCGCACAGCAAAGGAAUAGAGAAAACCUGGUAGGGUUUUCUCCCCUGACUUAGGUCUUGUGCUGCACUUGGCACCGAGGACUUGCUCUGAGCAUCCUGUAUCCGUGCUCAGUACGGUCCAAUAUCAGGUGAUGAGGGCACCAGUGCUGCUGGUCACGCUGUCCUUGUUCCCUCAGGCUGAGCUCUGGAGGAGCUGGAGCACAGCUGUGAUCAGGGCUGAGCUCGCAUCAACUUCAGUGCGUGCCCUGCUGCGGCUCUCCGUAGAGCUGUUGAUUUUGGGAAAGGUUUGCCAGGACUCUGAGCUCCUACUGAGCAGCAUCAACGUUGUACCUCAGAGCCUGGAAGGAUGCGGGCGUUCCGCUGGUGUAAACAAGCCCCCAUUGUGCAAAGCUGUGGUGUUUACACCAGGAGAAACGGCUCUGGGGUCCGCCUUGGGGCCAGGCUUCCUCUGCAGCUUUGUUCUGUGCUUGCCUUGGGGCUGGGGCCCUGCUGCCCCACGCAGGUGCUCAUCGUUUCCAACCUUGUGGUUCUAUGAUCUCCCCCAGGCCUUCGGGGGCAGCUGCUGGACCCCCCUGAGCCCAGAGGCAGCCACGGGGUUUGGUGGGCGCUCCUCCAUCCAUCGCCACUGCGCGGCCUUGGUUUCUGAGGAGCUAUUUGCGCUGCAUUCCGCGGUGCUGCUGAGGGCACAAGCAUUUCUUGACCUUCAAACACAUUCCUACCACGUACCGUGGGAUGAGUCCACCUCCAAUUGCUGCUGGUCCGUCUGCUCCUUGUCCCGUCUGUGCCAUGUCAGCAGCGCUCAGCUCGGAGCUGUGGCUGCAGAGCCACAGGAGCGCAGCUCUGAAUCUGGGGGGAUCCCUGAGCGUUGAGCUCAGCUGGAAGGAUCCCCCCCCCAUCCCCCAGCCACAGCUUUCUGCACCAACCAUACAAUUUCUGGGCUCCUCCUCGUGGCCGUCUUCACCCCAGGAUACCAUGAAAUGCAUUCGGCUGUGGCUGGUCUCCAUCAGAACUGCUGUGCCAGGAAUGAGCAGCACUUCUUGGAGUUCUCUUGCUUUUGCCGAUGGUUUUUGAAAAUCAAAUCGAAAGAAGCUCUCCCUGCAGUGUUCACCACUGAGAUGAAGGAGUGCUGAGAUCUGUGAGCAGCACAGACUGUAGCUGAGUGGUGGCUGCUUGGUCUCUUUUCUGGGCACAGCUCUGCGGAGGAAAGCCAUGCAACUGUCAGGCCUUGAGUUUGGUACCACGCCGGUCACAUUGCUAAGCUUGGUUUCAGCAGCCUUGGUAGAUGUUUAAAUGCCUGAGCGAACAGUGUUUUCCUGCUAGGACAGCACACCUGCAUGCCCAGCUCUUUGCAGGCCAACCUGUUUCACUCAGAAGCUUUUCCAGCUCCUGAAAUGCUGCCUGGAGAACCUGCCCUGCUCACGGCUGCAGUUCUGGAUGGCUCUGUGGCUGCAGUGCCUCCAAGAAGCAGCACCAGUUUUGCAGCCUGCAAAGCCCCGACACAGGAAGGGUGAAAGCUCGUGUGUGUGGGCAGAGUAAAGCCAGGGAAGCUGGCCAAGGCCACGGGCUGGUGGCCAGGGUGAGCCUUGAGCCCUGGCUUUGCUCAGGCUUGCCCCUUCUUGGAGCUCCACGUUGUGCCCUGGGCUCCGUGCCCGUGGGAUGGGCAGAGAGCUGCUCCAGUUUGGGGAGCAUCAGGGCACAGAUUGUCUGCUAUUCCUCACCGCUGGAGAGUGGAAGAGGGCAGGAUCCUGGUGAGCAAUUGGUAACGUGGGGCAGCUCAGGGGCUCGUGGCCGUUGCCUGGGUGUCACAGGGCUGCCUGGGCUCACGCUUGCUGCCAGGCUGCUCCUCGCUUUGCACUUUGAGGUCUGGAGAAGACUCCAGCCUGUGUAAUUGUGGGAGGCUUCUGCUGUGAUUUUAAAUUCGGAAGCCUUGCAUCAAAGCUGGCUGAGCAAAGGGAGAGGAGGGAAGGCGCUGCAACUGCAGCAACGUGCCUGCAAGAGCGGGGCUCAGGAGGCAAAUGAUGUCCUGGAUGCGGAGCGGCCCAGGUGCAAGCUGCACAGGAUUGCCACAGGCAGGAAGUCAGGUGUGGCCAAACCAAUGCUCCUCAGCUCAGCACAGGACGGCAGCCCUCAGCUUGCAUCAUCACAGUGCUGGCAGUGGGAGGAGGAGCCGAGUCCGUCGUCUGGGCACACAGGGACAGAGGGACGUGGGCUGAGGCUGAGGCCAGCAUUUCUUCUGUGCUGUACGGAGCCCUCGACCGCCCCGGUUACCAUUGCUGCUGUGCCAUUGCAUCACUUACAGGUAGAGACAGAGCGGGCUGAGGCUGUGAGCAGGGAAAGCUCCUCAAGGCUUUUAGUCUAGAGCCCAAAUGCAGCUUGAAAUAAAAACCAACAGCCAAAAUGGGGGAUGAGCAGCUGACAAAGGGAGCAGCGCACCCGGUGUGAGGGCUGGGCCGGAUCGAGGUGUUUCCUUCUUGGCAAGCGAUGCUUUCCCCGGAGAGCGCGGUCUGCUAAGCGCUCCAACCAUGUUCAGCAAGAAGAAGAAACGCAUUGAGAUCUCGGCGCCCUCCAACUUCGAGCACCGCGUCCACACCGGCUACGACCAGCAGGAGCAGAAGUUCACAGGGCUGCCGCGGCAAUGGCAGGGCAUCAUCGAGGAGUCCGCCAAGAGGCCCAAGCCCCUGGUGGACCCCGUGUGUAUCACAGCCAUCCAGCACGGCUCACAGAAGACCAUCGUACGGGGCACCAAAGCCGCCAAGGACGGCUCGCUGACCUGGCUGCUGGAUGAAUUUGAGAACAUGUCCGUGUCCCGUUCCAAUUCUCUGCGCAGGGACAGCCCCCCUUUCCCACCCCGGCGUGACCAGCUCUGCCAGGAGAACGGCCUUACCGAGGAUUUUGGCCGCAGCAAGGACAAGAGCUGCCCCGCACCCCGUGGCGAGCCGGACCGGGGCAAGGAGCGACCCCGCGAGCGGGACCCGCAGCGGCCCCGAGGCCAGGAGCCCGGCCCCAGAACCGGCGGUCGCCCACCCCCUCCCGAGUACCCCAAGCCCCCCCCUGAACGGGACGGCCCCGCCGACAGGGACUGCGGCGAGCGGGACGAGCGCGUGGUGCGACGGGAGCGCGCCGAGCCCUGCGACAAGCGGCCCAAAUCCACCUACGGCAACGGCAGCAGCCCUCAGUCCCCCCGUGACAAACGCCCGCUCUCCGGGCCCAAUAUCCGGACUCCCAACAUCCCCGUGUCCGAAGGGGUGAUGAAGACUGCCCAGCAGACGGGACGACCCUUUAAUACCUACCCACGGGCUGAGACCGACCCCGUCCGGGGCGCAGGUGCACAGGCUGAACCCCGGCCGGGCCGGCCUCAGGAGGCAGCACCCAACGGGCCAGCAAGCAGCGCCGCCGGCUCCUCCCGAGCCCAGCCCCCCGGCCCACCCCGCUCCAAGGUCCCUGAGCCCCCCGCUGGCCUCACCCCACACGCCUCCGAACCCCACCUGGCCCGUCCUCCACAGCCCGGCCCCCCACCCCCUGCUGUCGGCCCCCAGCAGCCCCGCUCACCCCAGCGAGAGCCCCAACGCGUCUCCCACGAACAAUUCCGGGCAGCUCUGCAGAUGGUGGUGGAUCCGGGAGACCCACGCACCUAUCUGGACAACUUCAUCAAAAUAGGGGAGGGAUCCACCGGCAUCGUUUGCAUCGCCACGGUGAAGAGCAGCGGCAAGCUGGUGGCUGUCAAGAAGAUGGACCUGCGCAAGCAGCAGCGGCGCGAGCUGCUCUUCAAUGAGGUGGUGAUCAUGCGGGACUACCAGCACGAGAACGUGGUGGAGAUGUACAACAGCUACCUGGUGGGCGACGAGCUGUGGGUGGUGAUGGAGUUCCUGGAGGGCGGCGCGCUGACCGACAUCGUGACGCACACCCGGAUGAAUGAGGAGCAGAUCGCAGCUGUCUGCCUGGCCGUGCUGAAGGCCUUGUCUGUGCUGCACACGCAGGGCGUCAUCCACCGCGACAUCAAGAGUGACUCCAUCCUGCUGACGCACGACGGCAGAGUGAAACUCUCUGAUUUUGGGUUUUGUGCCCAAGUGAACAAGGAGGUGCCGCGGCGGAAGUCGCUGGUGGGGACCCCAUAUUGGAUGGCACCGGAGCUCAUCUCUCGCUUGCCCUACGGCCCAGAGGUGGAUAUCUGGUCCCUGGGUGUGAUGGUGAUCGAGAUGGUCGAUGGGGAGCCGCCGUAUUUUAACGAGCCGCCGUUAAAGGCCAUGAAAAUGAUCCGAGACAAUCUGCCCCCCAAACUGAAAAACGUGCACAAGGUCUCCCCCUCUCUCAAGGGCUUCCUGGACCGCAUGCUGGUGCGGGACCCGGUGCAGCGGGCCACGGCCAACGAACUCUUGAAGCACCCCUUCCUGGGCAAGGCGGGCCCCCCCUCCUGCAUCGUGCCCCUCAUGCGCCAGAACCGCAUGCGGUGAGGAGCCCCGCCGCCGUCCUCGCCGUCGCCUCUUAACUGGAUUUGUGACUGUGCCGCUACUGUGGGGGCACUGGGGGGGUCCUGGCCCCCCCACGCCGUACUACUGAGUCAGGAGCUGGCAGGGGACGGCGGUGCGGCCGCGCGAUGGCACCGGCCCUGUCCCCGAUCCUUCCCUGCAGAGGCUUGGGGACCGGGGCUUUAUCCUGACUGCUCGGGAUCUGCUGUUACGGCCACCCUGGGAUCCCUUUGGGCCAUCUCAACUCAGUCCCCAUAUUUCCCCCCCCCCCCCCCCAUUUUUUGUUUUGUUUUCCCCUCUUCAAUCUUUUUCUAUCCUUUUCUGGCCCUGUGCCCUGCAGGAGAGCCGUGUCCAGUUCCCCCCCAACCCCAACACUACAGCCCCACGGCCACACUACUGGUCCGGGGGGC